AUGAAAGAAAGGCUAUGGAUAAAUGCGAUUUGUUGCAUUUUAAUAGUACUAGCUGUGACAGCAGCAGUAAAGGAAGAAGAUAGCAGUGACGAGUCGAUUAACCUUAUUAAUCCUCGGCAGGAAACUUCUGGUCAGCGUGAGACAAGUGCAGUAGAAACAAAUACCCUUUUGGACCAUCGAAAUAAGAACUCUACAGACUGUGUUCAGGCAUCUUCAAAUAGCUCAGAGACUGUAAAGCACGUUUCACAUGAGCGCCCAAAAACACAUUUUAAAUUGGUUGCUAUUUUAACAAUUACUCUCAUACUAAUUUUUGUUCUACUUGUUGCAAAAGAUUCUAUUUGGGAUCUUCUAAUGAAGCUUCUUUCUUUAUUGUCAGAUUUAAUUAAAGGAAAACGCGCUCCAGCUGGUGGAUCAAGCAAAGGAGCUGGUAAUACGCAGGGUAUGCCUGAUUUAAACAAAGGUUCGAAUAAUCCUUCUAAUAUUCAAGGUAUAGUCGACGCGUCUAAUGUAGCAAACAGUGUACCAAAGAAUCAGAUGAGUAAAGUUCCAUCAAAUAAAAAUGAAAUACUUAACCCAAAGCAAGUGAAUAAGGUAAUAGAGCAUAUACCUAAGCAGCCCAGUGCACCUCUUGAGCCUAUUGGUGAAAGACCUAGUGCGCCUGCCGAGCCUAGUCGAAACAGACCUAGUGCAGCUCUUGAGCCUAGUGGUGACAGACCUAGUGCGGGUGCCGAGCCUAGUCGUAAUAAGCCUAGUGCAGCUCUUGAGCCUAGCCGUGAUAAACCAAAUCAGCCAAAAGUACCAGCUGGAAAAUCAAAGCCAUCAGUAGGUAUAAAUUUAGAAGCACCUGACAUUAGCAAUUCAAAUAAACCCUCUGAGAAUAGCAAAGUCCCUUCAAAUAAGAAGCAGGGAUUAAAAGAUAUCCCGAAGCCUGGGGAUUUAAAUUAUCCUAAGGUGCCAAACCAUCCUAUAGACAAUAAGAGUAGUAAGAAGACUAAAAAAAGUAAAAAAAAGGUUCUUGUAUUGGACGGCGGCAUAUUUAAGAAUAUUGCAGAUAAAUAUAGACCAAGGUCAAAUAAAAAUAGAGAUAUAAAUGGAAAUAAGAAUGGGGAUGUGAGAAUUAAUGAAGAUAUCCCUGAUAUUCGAGAUGCACUUGGGUCUAAAAGAAAGCUUUCCGGGUUUAAAACAACAGGAAAAAAUUCUCAGGGCAGACUUAAUAAUAACGCCUUUAGCAGGAUGAAAGGAUUGAGUGGUAUACCAGCCAACAAGAUGGGCUUUUUGCGUAAUAUAGUUGGUAGACUGGAUGCUAGCUUUUUAGUAAAAACUGCCUUGUCAGGGAUAGGCAUAAAGGUAACAGGUGCUAUUUUUGCAAUAGGCGCUACUGCAUUUUUAGUGGGCGCAGCAAUUGGUCUUAUCAAAGCAGGCAGUGGGGCUCCUAUCCAUGGGUUAACAGAUGAAGAAACAUAUAAGCUAUGCGAAGACUUUAUAAAUAAUGCUACUGCAGCUGCCACUUCAACUGCAGCCUCACUCACUACUAGUGCACCAUCCAGCAGCACAGCCGCAGCCAUACUCACUAGUGUUGCAUCUAGCAGCACAACGGCAGCAUAUACAGUCAUUGGCACAGAAACUGAAACUGACUUUUUCAGUACAACAGUGGAGAUAUCUGAAAACAUAAAUGAUAUCCGUGAAACCACUGUGGGUUUGCAUUUACAAGAUACAGUUGUAAAACUGAUAAAAAGUAUAGAUAGAAACCAGAAUCUAUGCGCAACCCUAAAAGAUUUAGAUGGUUCUGCACUUUCUGAAGUAUUUAAAGCAGAGGUAAUUUUCACACCAGGUGGCACCCCAAACAAGUCCAAAAUGAGACUAAUGGCUGUAUUCAUCCCAUCCAUGAAACAAUUUAAAGCUAUAUUUGCAGUGAAAAGCUCUAAUGCAGUAGAUCUAUACUCCAUUGACUUUGAUCUAAAUACUAUUCAUUAA